AUGGGGUCCAGUCGCUGGAGCUGUUCUUACAGUGGCUGUGCUCUCUGGUUCAAACACUGCCUUCUGGUUAUCGAAAGUGUCGGGCUAGAAACCAGUGUGACUCUGGAGGUUAUCUUCAUGAUCGCGAACAUUCAGACAUUAGGUGUCCCAAUCCGUUACUCCUCACUUCCUGGAACAAUUUCAGCUGCUAUGGGAAUAGUAUUGAUACCCACGAUGGGAUUCGUUAUGGACAGAUGCGCGAAAUCAAAAUCUGCGAAAGCCCUAAUUCUCAUUGGAACCAGUUGUUUGGAAAUUAUGGGUAGCAUGUUAAUCUUUAUAGGAAACGCAAUUAAACUGGCAUACUACGAUGAUUCUGGAAUUGAUAUUAGUUCAACCGUGUUUUAUACUCCUGGCGUGACUUAUCCGUGGAAUAAUGUGAAUACUUCAAUAACCCCAACUUUAAACGACUAUUUAUUAGAACACAAUUUUUCUAACUUUCAAACAUACUUUACAACUCCCAGUGUGUCACUGUCUGUGAGUUCUUCAGGGGAGGAAACUAUUAGAUAUUUCGCAGUUUUAGCCAUGAUCGGUUAUUGCCUCUUGGACUGUGGCUAUGACUCUUCCAACUGCUUUCUGAAGACCUUCGCACUAGCCUCCACGAAACCACGGUACCAUUCUGGUAUCAUUGUGAAAUCUGUGUUCGUCUCUUCAUUCGGAGGUUGUCUAAUAGCUAUACUGGGAUCUAUUGGCCUUGGGAGACUGCUAGUAGCGGGGACAGAUCAUGAUGCCAGUGCUGCCCAAAGUGCUUUUGUGGCAGGUCUCUGUUUUGUGAUUAUGGUGUCAGGUCUGGCCACAACUCUGACCACUGGAUUCUGUU